AUGCCGGAUGCCACACCUCUUGACGCAGCUACACCGAAAGAGGAAGAAGAGGAAGCAGAGAACGAGGACGAGGAGAACAACGAUGCGGAAGAAGCUCCCACUCCAUCACGAGGGUCGGAGCCACCAUCCCGUUCUGCCACUCCACGGCGCGGUCGACCUUCCGUCCGGCGAGGACGUAGAGGUGGCAGGUUAGGCAGGCCACCGAAAGACCGCGUCGCACCUGCAUCUGACGAUGGAGACAAUGAUGCUGCCUCUGAAGCUGCCACUCCCAAGCGAAGAGGUGGCACCCGCGGCCACAGAGGUGGGAGGUGGGCCAAGUACAGAGCAGGAGGCUCGCGACCGCAACAGGCUCCUCUUGACGACGAUGGGAACCCAAUGGAGAUUGUCAACGAUGAAGUCCUGCUGCCUGAAGACCCCGAAGGCGAAGAGAAGGUUGACAAGAAUGGCCGGCUGUUGGAAGGAAGAGAGUAUCGCGUGCGGACCUUCACCAUACUGGGCAGAGACGACAGACUAUACAUGCUUUCCACGGAACCUGCCCGUUGUAUUGGCUUUCGCGACUCGUACCUUUUCUUUCAGAAGCACAAGCAUCUCUAUAAAAUCAUCAUCGACGACGAAGAGAAGCGAGAUCUCAUUGAGCGAGAUCUGAUACCCCACUCCUACAAGGGACGGGCUAUUGGUGUGGUGACUGCUCGGUCUGUUUUUCGCGAAUUUGGGGCUAAGAUCGUUAUUGGCGGGAAGAAAGUGACGGAUGACUAUCAAACACAGGCAGCACGGGCAAAAGGCGACGUGGAAGGAGAACUUGCCGUUCCCGAAGAUCGUCUUCCCGCUCCAGGAGAGCCAUACAAUCGCAAUCAAUAUGUGGCAUGGCAUGGAGCAAGUGCUGUCUAUCACACCAACGCACCCAGUGUACCUCUCCCGCUUGCAAAAGUGCAGGAUGCGAAGAGACGAAAGAUCGUGGUUACAAGCGAUAACUGGAUGCUGGAACACGCAAGAGAAGCCAGUCGCUUCAACUCACAACUGGCUGCAGCUCGACUGGACAAUCGCGAUGGCGCAUACGAGAUUCACACCAAUGUCAUGCAGUACCCGGCUCAUAUGCAACCAACACAUGCACGAUGGGAGGUCAUUGUUGAUCAAGCAGAGGCCGAAGAUGUCGACAAAGAAGAAAGGCUACCUCGCUUAGACCCGGUCUAUGGACGAAAUUUCAGAAUCCAUGAUCUCUGCCUGGAGUCAAGACCGGAAUCCUGGUUUGUAACUGCAGGCCCAGGCACGGAUAACGCUGCUCUAUCGUCAAUUCCGUCAAGCAUCCUGGAAGAACUCCCAGCCGAGUGCCUUCGCGCAUUUGAGGCUGCCAAGGCACGCGAAUUCGAAUGGCGGGCAAAGUGGCAUACAGAACAACAAGAUGGUCUUCGAGCCCGGCUGCUUCCCUCGUUCGAAUGGUUCCCCAAAUGA